UCACCUUUCAUAAUAGAUAGUGUACUGGCAUAUUUCCAGGAUUUCCACUUUGUUCAUGAUUAUUAAGCAGAUACCAGUUACAAGUGCGGACAUCAAAACAACAAUCGAAAAAAAAGCAACAACUGUCGUCAUGAAGUAUUACUUAUUAUUCCUUAUGGGGGUGGCCCAUAUUUCUAGUCUCUGGUGUUUUAACUGUCCUCUUCAUAAUGAGGGUGAGACAUGUAUUUGUGAUAAUCGGACUACUGGUACGUAUGCUGGCUCUGAGAUAGUGUGUAUGGACAGUAAAUCUUUAGUUAAUUCUUACGUAAUCGAAUAUGCCGUUAACAGAAGAGUAAGACUGGAAUGCAACGCUUAUAUUCCUUACAAAAUAGGAAUGUUUUCGCAGUACAACAUUACAGAGAUUACAAGCUUUCACUUUGUUAAUUGUCCUUUGCCGAACAUUACAUUUGAAGAACUUCUUCAGGGAAUGCAAGUUGUGCAAUUGAAGUUCGAAAGUCGAAGAAAAGACUUAGUUGUUGCACCGUGGCUGUUUGAAAACCUAAAGGAAUUAACAACUUUGAGUAUGGUAAAGAAUGGAAUAUCUGUACUACCUGAGAACAUGUUUUCAAACUUGUCAACAUUGCGCACACUUCAGCUUUCUGAUAACAAGCUGCAGACUAUACCAGAAAAGGUGUUUACUUCUCUCCAUAAUUUAGCAACUUUGGACCUAAGCAGUAACAAUCUAAAAGAAUUACCAAACAAUGUGUUUAACAAUCUCACUUUCUUGCAUAACCUUUACCUUUUUAAAAACGAGUUGCAACAUUUGCCCGAUGAAAUGUUUCAUGCCUUAGAACAAUUAGUUGUUCUAGAUAUUUCAGGAAACAAAUUCUUUGAACUUCCAGUUGAUCUGUUUAAUGGUCUUUCUAGUUUAGAAAGUCUACGUAUUUCUCAAAAUAGCUUGAAAACUCUUCCAGAAUCUAUCUUACAAAAUGUUCCUAAUUUGAAAGUAUUGAAUUUGGUUUUAAACGAAAAUCUCACUUACCUCCCUGAUAAACUUUUGAAUGGUUUAAAACACCUUCAAAGUGUGUUUCUAGACUAUUGUAAUCUCUCUAAUAUUCCUGUAUAUUUUUUCUCAAAUACCUCUACUUUACAAUACCUUAGAAUCAGUAACAAUAAGCUUACUUCACUCUCAAAAAUGCAUUUUGUCACUAAUAUUAACUUGAAAGAACUGGAUUUAAGCUCUAACAAAUUGCGUACUUUACCAUCAGGAUUAUUUGAUAAGCAGUUUGCAUUAGAAAAGUUAAAUUUAAAACGUAAUAGAUUGGAGCAGCUUCCUAUGAGAAUAUUUGAUAGCCUAGUAAGCUUGAAAACCUUGAUAAUCUCUUCUAAUCAGUUAAAGGGCAUAAAAGGAGAACUUUUUAUCAAUCUCCAGAAGUUAGAACAUCUUGAUCUGAGCCACAAUCGUAUUAGUUCAAUUGAUUCAAACGGGGCCUUGGGUAAUAUACUCAAUUUGAAAAUUCUUGAUUUUUCAUAUAAUAACAUCACGCUAUUCCCUAAUCUCGACUGGAAGAUGCUCUUACAAUUAGACACCUUAAAUUUUCAAUAUAACAAAAUAACAAAUAUAUCAGUACCAGUUCUUUAUUCUAAAAACACACGCAUGCUUUUGCGUUUUAACAAAAUAACACGGGUAGGAGUAACAGAACUCAGAAGGUAUGACAGCCUACAAAAACAUAUAACUAAAGAUAAUUACACCAAAUCUAUUCCGCAGUAUCCUGGCACACCUUCCUUUUUUUUAGGUGCAAAUCCUAUUCACUGUGACUGUAACCUUUUAGGGUUUUUCGACUAUUUAACAUUCAGGUCAUCAGUUCGACAGAAUGCAAUAUUUCCUAAUGCGAAUCUUAUAAAAUGUGCUGGUCCUUCUUCUUUAGCUGGAAAAGAAUUUCUUGAUGUACCAAGAAAUGAAUUUAUUUGCCCAGUGUUUCAUGAUUGUCCUGAAUCAUGUGCAUGCCACAUUCAAGGACAUGAUAAAACGGUGGAAGUUGAUUGCAGAAGUAGAUAUUUAGAUGCAAUUCCAGAGAAAUUACCUCAAAAUACAAGUAUUUUGUACCUUCAAAAUAAUAGCAUAUCUUCCUUAGGAAGUACCGCAAUAAAUUCUACUUACUUUUCAAGUUUGAAAGAGCUACAUCUCGACUACAAUCUCUUGUCAAGCAAAAUAGACUGGUUUCUUCCACCAAACCUUCGCGUUCUUACUUUAAGAGGCAACCAGCUGGAAUCUCUACCAGAAGCAUUAUUAAGUCACAAGGAUUCAAGAACUGGCAAGCUCGAACUUCGACUCGGGAAAAACCAGUGGCGUUGUGACUGCUCAAGCCUCGCUUUUAAAUCAUGGCUAAGAGAUUCUCAUAAUAUAGUAACUGACAUUCAGGAUAUUGUGUGUUCUGAUCCGAUGCAAAUCAAUGGUAGUCUAAUCCAAAUGUCGAUGAUCCUGAAUAUUCCAGAUGAGGUAUUGUGCCCCAAAGACAAGUUCAAUCAUCGUAUCAUACUAAUAACUGUGUCGACAGUGUGUGCUCUUCUUGUACUUUUGUUUUGUGUUACAGUAGCAUAUUUUCAAGGGAGAAAGAUUCUUUGUAAUCAUAUGAUAACUAGCAAGUCUUACAAUGUUUCAAAUUCUGUGCUUAAAGAAGAGGUGAAGAACCAAGAUAAAGCAAGUCCGAGCUGAUAUCACUUGCGAUCAUGAACGAUUCCAUAUUCUUUAAGAAAACAAUACAUUAUGUUAAUGACUGACUGUCUCUGAACAGGAAAACAGUUGCAGAACAAUAAAUCACGAAAAGGUGCUUGAAAUGCCUCGAUGGACUGAAAGAAACAGAAACAUUACAGUAUGUUGGAAACAAUUCACUAAACAUGACUGGAAAUGAAGGGGCGAGUCUUAUAAAAUAGAUGCCCGCUGUUUCUUUAUAAAUCUAUCAAAUUAAGUUUGAUAGAAGCUUUCAGCCAAAAGUUCUGUUAAAAAGUGCUACAUUAUUGUGAUUAAAUGUAAUUUCACAAAAAAAUAUAAAGUGAGAAAUAAACGACUGAAUAAUUAAACGAAAUGCAAUAACUAUUAUUGUUUACGAAUGGUGAAUAAGGUUUCCCCUGCCGAAACGUUACCUAUAAUUGUUUUGAAACGUAUGCAAUUAUUAUCCAUAAAAUUAUUUGUCAUAUAGAAUUCGAUUUCGUUUAAACUUUAACACCAAAAUUUAAGCACAUUUAGAAUGUGCUUCAGG